AUGGGGGACGGGAACUGGGUGUGUCUGAGCCCAGCAGAAUUUUCCCAACUGCAGCAGUACAGCGAGUAUUCCUCAAAGAAGCUUAAAGAUGUUCUAGAGGAGUUUCAUGGCAACGGUGUUCUCUCCAAGUAUAACCCUGAGCAGAAGCAGGAUGUUCUCAACCAACCCAUUGACUAUGAGGGCUUUCAGCUUUUCAUGGCCACCUACCUGGAGAAUGAUAUCCCCGAAGAAUUAUGCCAACACCUCUUCACCUCGUUCAAGAGCAAGACCGGCGGGGGCUGCUCACCUGAGGCUCCCCGUGCGGGAGCGGGGAUGCUGGAGCCCAAGUCGAUCGAUGCAGGCAUCUCUAUACAGACAGAAGUGGCCUGUGCCCCCAUUACAGGUAUGAACGGGAAGAGCAUUCUUAGUGCUAUGGGCAGACACACACCAGAGCAUGCUACAGUAAUGACCCCGGGUUCUGGAGCCACCACGUCCCCCUGUUCAUCACGCUCCUCAUCCCAGCGUUCAGGCACGGGUGCUCACACGCCUGGCGGCCCUCAUCUCUCACCCUGCACCCAACCUAAACCCUCAGGCGGCGGCUGUAGCAGUAACGCCCUGGCUCCCUCCAUAUCCACCAGCUCUCCGCGACUCUCCCCCGAGAGGAGUAGAACUGAUAAACGUGGAAUGCAGAGGAAGAGUCCGUCCCCUCAGAGGGGUUCACCGCUGCCUUCACCACAAGUGGUCUUUCUGAAGGACAUAGUCUGUUACUUGUCUCUUCUAGAGAGGGGCACCCCAGAGGACAAACUUGAAUUCAUGUUCCGUCUGUAUGAUACAGAUGGGAACGGUGUGCUGGACAGCUCGGAACUUGACCGUAUCAUCAAUCAAAUGGUUCAUGUAGCAGAGUAUCUGGAGUGGGACUCGACUGAACUCCGGCCGAUACUGAAGGAGAUGAUGGAGGAGAUUGACUAUGACAGAGAUGGAAUAGUCACACUAGAGGAGUGGAUUAGAGGAGGCAUGACUACCAUUCCCCUCCUGGUGCUACUGGGAAUGGAGACGAAUGUACAAGAGGACGGGCAGCAUGUGUGGAGACUGAAGCAUUUCAACAAGCCUGCUUACUGCAACUACUGCCACACAAUGCUACUGGGAGUGAGAAAACAAGGCCUGUGCUGCUCCCUAUGCAAGUACACAGUCCAUGAACGCUGCGUGUCCAAAGACAUUGCUGCUUGCAUCAGCACCUACGCCAAGUCCCGCAGACAUACCAAUGCUAUGCAGCACGUUUGGAUGGAGGGCAAUUCUGCGACCAAGUGUGACAGAUGCCAUCGAAGUAUAAAAUGUUAUCAGGGUCUGACAGGCCUGCACUGUGUGUGGUGUCAAAUCACUCUUCACAACAAGUGUGCAUCCAAUGUGAAGCCAGAGUGUGAUGGUGGACCCCUAAGGGACCACACCCUCCUCCCUUCUUACAUCUGCCCUGUCGUACUGGAACGCCACUCGGUUGUUAAACGAGGCGAGAGUGACUCACCUCCCAGUACCAGUCCAGAUGAUGCCACUCAGUGCUUUAAAUUUACAGGGGACGGGCAGGCACUGCAGAUCACACCCCUCCCAGGAACACAUCCUCUGCUUGUGCUGGUGAAUCCUAGGAGCGGAGGUCGACAGGGAGAGAGGGUGCUGCGUAAGUUCCAGUACCUGCUUAACCCUAGACAGGUGUAUAGUCUGGAUCGCGGAGGACCCAUGGUAGGGCUCAAUUUCUUCAGAGAUGUCCCUGGUUUCCGUGUGUUGGCGUGCGGAGGGGAUGGGACAGUUGGAUGGAUCUUGGACUGCAUCGACAAGGCCAGUUUCACCAGGCAUCCUCCUGUUGCUAUCCUGCCCCUGGGCACAGGGAAUGACCUGGCACGCUGCCUGCGCUGGGGUGGAGGCUAUGAAGGAGGCAGCUUGCUGAAAUUUCUCAAGGAUAUUGAGAACAGUACUGAGGUGGUACUGGACCGCUGGAACAUCGACAUCGUCCCUGACGACAAAGAAGAAAAGGGGGACCCUGUUCCAUACAGUAUAGUCAACAACUAUUUCUCCAUUGGAGUGGAUGCUUCCAUAGCACACCGGUUCCACCUAAUGAGAGAGAAACACCCAGAGAAGUUCAACAGCAGGAUGAAAAACAAGCUAUGGUACUUUGAAUUUGGCACCACUGAGACCAUCUCAGCUACCUGCAAGAAACUUAAUGAGAGCAUUGAAGUGGAGUGUGAUGGGAUCAUCCUUGAUCUCAGCAAUACUUCUCUUGAGGGAAUCGCUGUCCUCAACAUUCCGAGCAUGCACGGAGGUUCCAAUUUAUGGGGUGAGACCAAGAAAAGGCGAAACUACAACCGCAUGAGCAAGAAAGUACCAGAGAGGAUGUCAGUCAGCACGGUCACGGAUGCCAAAGAGCUCAAGUUCUGCGUGCAGGACCUGAGUGACCAGCUCCUGGAAGUGGUUGGUUUGGAAGGAGCCAUAGAAAUGGGGCAGAUCUACACAGGCCUAAAAAGCGCAGGUCGUCGCCUAGCUCAGUGUGCCAGUGUCACCAUUAGGACAUCUCGACUACUGCCCAUGCAGAUUGAUGGAGAACCAUGGAUGCAGCCUCCAUGCACGAUACGGAUUACACACAAGAAUCAAGUACCCAUGCUGCUGGGUCCUCCACAGAAGACACCCUUUUUCUUCUUCAAGAAGCGCAACAGGAGUCGUGAUUAG